AUGAAACAGAGGUGCAGAGCUCUGCGCCGCCGCCUCAGAUCUGCUACCAACGAAAUUGUAGCUUCCAACAUCCUUACGGCCUUUCGGCAAGAAAGGGCCGCCUACAAGAAAGCAAUUCUUGAAGCUAAAAUUAACAGCUGGAGAUCUUUCUGCACCAGUAACAGUAAUCCAUAUGGAAUUUUACACAAACUGGCAACGCAGAAGAUCUUCCAACCAGCGCAAGUACCAGUUCAACCAACAGCACCACAUACUAUGGACGUAGCGGCCUCCACCGCCAAGGAACUUUUAAAUGCUAUCUUUCCCACAGAUGAUACACAAGCAGAUACUUCAGAACAGAGGCAAAUUAGAGAAGAUACAAGCUCGCCAUGCACACCGAACGAUAUACAGUUUUCUGCACAGGAGAUACGUAAUAUCUUCCGAAACUAUCAGCGCAACUCUUUCAAGAAGACGAAUUAUAAUUUCUGUCCUUCUAGGAUACGUUAUAAGCUAUGGUGCAAAGAAGAUAUUUCUGCUUGCAUUCGAAAGUCAAAUGAAUCACUACCAGAUCUUUCAAAACGUCAGGCAAUUCUGUACGACAGUCUCACUAGGGAAGACAGAAUCCGACUAGGAAUUAGAUUUGAAGAUUUUGUAAUUUAUGCGGAAUACGAAGAAGAAGUUGUUACUCAACAAUUCAGUUGGUAUUAUGAUUAUGAAUUCACAAAUUGCUACACAUUCAAUGCUCUCUGGGGUGACGCAAAUGAACCAGUAAAAACUUCAGUGCUAUAUAAUCCCGUGACUGGAAAAUCUUCAGAAUUAAUUAUAUGUGUCAACACGGACGUUGACAACUACAGCAAUCUCAGUGGUUCUGUGGUUGGGAAACUUCAAAUGUCUAUUCAUUCCAAUGAUAUCGUUCCUAAUCCAACCUAUGAUGCCGCUAGCUUGGAAGCCGGGGAAUUUUAUUCUUAUGGGUUCCAAAAAGUGUCUACUGAAUUGCUAAAGAGUCCUUAUCAAACAAAGUGUAGGAGCUAUAAAGAAGAAAAGGAAAGAAGGACAGGGGCCCGUAUGAGUCAAAAAGUAAUGUCAUAUUUUUUUCAGUAG